AUGACGGGCCCGUACUUAUCGCCCCUUGGGCCUCAGGCCGAUCUGCUUACCGAGUACAUGUUCGGGCGUCGUCGUCAGAGACGCAAUCGGACCACGUUCACACCUCAACAGCUUCAAGAAUUGGAAUCUCUUUUCCAGAAAACGCAUUAUCCCGAUGUUUUCCUCAGAGAGGAAGUCGCACUUCGGAUAUCGCUCUCGGAAGCACGUGUUCAGGUAUGGUUUCAAAACAGACGGGCAAAGUGGAGAAAGCAAGCUCGGUUACAAUUGCUGCAGGACGCGUGGAGGAUGCGAUGCUUGGGUUUAGGGAGCGCUACGCCAUUGCUGCUCGGCCGGCCACCCUCCGAUGGUCUCGAGAGGACCAGCGACGCGUCCUCCGCUUCUCCGUCAUCCUCAUCAGCUCUUACGGACUCGCCGAAUGCGACUAAUAAGUUAUCCGAGAUUGGCAGUCCCGUAUCAGUCUGCAGAGAUUUUCGAAUCUUGCCUCCACUGCCACCUGGAUACUCGGUACCUUGCGACAAAUCGCUCGACAGGCUCAAAUGUCGAUGCGGAACGCCGCCCAGGAUCUGCGCGAGUCCCGCGGACCGUGGUGACAGCCUGGCAACGAGAGAGCGGCCACAGGAAGCCGAAAUGGAUCUCACUCUAAAGGCCCACCAUCCCACGUCCGUUAGACAUUCGUUAUUUCACCACUUAUCAAGCAAUCACCAGCAACAGAAUAUUGUGCAGACCAUGGACGAGCCGCUGGAUGUCACUCUCAACAGCAGCAAGAACAACUAA